AUGGAGAAGCCGCCCUUCAUAGGACCUGUGUUCGUGCAAAACCCUGAUGGCAGCAUCGCCCAGGGGGUGCCCCCGGGCUUCAAAGAGCCCACGCCGCCGGACACACCGCGACUUGGGGUCAGCACGGACAUGAACUUCAACCUGCUCAGUGCUGACAUCGUGAAGGUGCUCGCAAGGCAUGAGGCCCUCUUCCUGACCCUAAUGGUCAUGCACCUUGGUGUGGUCUCCAGCUUCCAGUACAUCGAGCUCCAGUACAAGGAGGAUGCCGUCCUAGAGCUCAUGCUGAUCUACCCCGACCUAGAUGAGAACAGUGCAGGGAGUUCGUUUCGGGCUCUUUGCGCAGACUCCACCUUCGUGAGCGCUCCGAUUCGUGUCAGUGGCAUUGAGACAUUGGUUGUGCUCAGGGUUUGGAUGGAGAACGAGUCGAGCUUGGGCGUUUUGGGCUUGCAGAAGUCCAGCAGCACGUAA